AUGAUUUAGUAGUAAAAACUACAAGAAGAUUGUGUAAAAUAAGAAAUAAAAGAGGAUGGAGGUAUAGUAGCUUUGUAUCCUGAAGAAAGUCGAAAUGAUCCUGGUCAUAAAACUUCAAUUAAGAAACGUAUCUCUUCUAAUGAUUCAUCUCCUUCAUCAUCUUUCGAAAAUAAGAUAGGAAAACGUUAUUAGUCUAAUAGUGAGUUCAAAAUACAUUUUUAUGUGCAUCAUGUACAUAUGAAUGGUAUGAGUGAUAAUGAAUUUUUGAGUUUCAUAAAAAGGAAAGGUAAUGUAUUGUAAUAUUUAGUUAAUUUGGCUGGAUCUUGUGAAAUUGUGUAAAUGUUUAAUUAGUAAGGGUCAUUUUGUGAUGUAGCUAUAGGAAUGUCAAAUGAUGAUAAUGCUAAAUUAGUAUAUAUUGGAAAAAAACAUUUCAAUUUUGGACGAAAUGGUAAUUUAUUUCUUAGAUUUAAUUAUUAUAGGAAGAUAAAAGGAAAUUGUAGAGUUAAGUGAUUCUUUUUAGAAUUAUUUAGAAAACAAGAAAAUGUUAGAUAAAGAAUAAUUAGAACGGUCCUUAAGAAGAAAUGUAUUAAAUUUAAAUUAAAUUUUAGUAAUAAUUUAAAGGUAGAAGUGAUAGUAGUGAAUCCUCUAGAAGAUAUAAGAGUAGGAGCAUAAGUAAAAAGAAGAAAAACAAGAGAUUGGACAAUAAAUAAGUAUGGCAAGGAUCUAAAAGAAAAUCUCCAUCUUCUUCUAGUGAACCAAGAAAAGUUAAAAAGAUUAAGAAAAAUAGACAUUCUUCUUAUAGUUCAUCAAGAGAAUCAAUUAAAGAGAGUGUCUAACCUAUUAAACCAUAAUAAGUAUAUACAAAUAAGAAUACAAUUUACAUAUUCUCUAUUCCACAAGAAGUUAAUGAGAAAGAAGUAAUUUAAGAAAUUAUGUAACAUCAUAAAUAAAGUGCUCCUAUUAGUGAUAUUUGGAGUUUUUAUUUAUUUUAAAUAUUAAGACUCUUUAGAUCAGAUGCAAUUUUUGGAAUUAUAAUUUUAAGAUGAAAAUACUGUUCAAUUUCUUUGUAACUUGAGGCCCUGUUUACAUGUUAAGGGCAUACCACUUUUGGUUGUUUCUAAAAAAUAACGACCUGUUUUAGAAUUGAUUAGAAAUUAUUAGGUUCAAGUUGAACUAGAUAAAGAUGUUCUUGCUUUUAAUGUCUAUUAAGAAUUUAAGAAAUAUGGAGAUCUUAUUGGAAUUUAUGUAUUUUAGUUAAAUAGGAAGUAUUGAAGAAAUUUUAAUUAUCAAGUUAUUUACUUUUGUAUUCAUCGUCCUCUUAAUUGCAGGAGGUUUUACGUCCUCCAGUCCAUUUAUAAUUGACUAUUAAUGAUUAAAUAGUUAAUGCUAAUGCCAAGAUUAUUGAUAAACCCAUUGAUAUCCAAAGACCCCUUAUCCAAGAAACUUUAGCUUAUUAGCUGAAAAAUUAAAUUGAUGAAGAUGAUGAUGAGAGUAAUCCUAUCAUUUUAUUUUUUAUAAGAUAAGAAAAGAAAAAAUAAAAGAAAAGUUGAGAAAUCUUAGAAAAAAUGAG